AUAUAAAUGUACAAACACCAGUGGGGAAAGAGAACCAGACAAGGGAGACUUUGAAGAAGGAGAUCUGACUCUCUUUCGAUAUCUCCACUUUCGUUUUCCGCUUUCGUCUCUGCCCUCAGCUCGAAAUUGAGGUUACUCUCCGUCAUAACCAAAGGGAUUGCCUUGUGAGGUUUGUUCUUUGGUGGGAGCUAUGGGUGUUGAAGUUGUGGGAUUUGAGAUGGUCGAUGGUCCAUUGGAGGCUGUAGCUAGAGGAGACAAUUCUGUUCUCCAAGAGAAGGAGAAUGGGAAACUAGAUCAAGGGCCUAAGUCUGGUGAAUCCAUACAAUUCGGCUCACAUGGUGAGGAACCUGUUAAAGAAGAUGCUAAUGGUGUUUCAAAUGCCAACUUUCCAAAGGAUGCUGUUGAAGAAUGGCCCGCGCCUAAGCAGAUCCAUUCUUUUUACUUUAUCAGGCACAGGUCGUAUGAUGAUCCCAAAAUCAGAGUCAAAAUUGACCAGGCUGCUAUUGAAAUUGAGAAAAAAAAUCAGGCUCGACUGAGGAUCAUGGAACAAUUAAAGGCAAAAAGGACUGAUCGAGCAGAGUUGAUUUCACAGAUUAGGGCUCUGAAAGAUGACAACAGACAGUUUAGGUCGAUUGUAGAUGAGAAAAUCAAAGAGAUUGAGCCACUGCAUCAGGCUUUGGGCAAGCUUCGCAAUGCAAACAGUGCGAAUCGUGGUGUUUGUUCAUCCGAGCAAGAGCUUAAUAGUGUUAUCCACAGCUUGCAAUAUCGUAUACAACAUGAGAGCAUUCCAUUGACUGAGGAAAAACAAAUCCUUCGAGAGAUUAAGCAACUUGAGAGCACUAGGGAGAAAGUUGUUGCUAAUGAUGCUAUGAGAGCCAAAAUUCAGGAUUCAAUGGUUCAGAAAGAAGUCCUUCAAGACCAGGUUAAACUUAUAGGUGGUGAUUUGGAUGGGGUGAGAAAGGAGCAACAAGUGGUUAGGGCAAAAAUCAAGCAGCUUGAUGAUGCAGUAAAGGCUUUUGACAAAGACAUUGCUUCGUUGCAAGAUGAACUGACAGCUUUUACUGAGAAAAGAGAUAAAGCACGUGAAAGUGUUCAGCAUCUCAGAAAACUGCGUGAUGAUGGGAAUACACACUUCUACCAAAGCCGUUCAAUCUUGAAUAGAGCUAGAGAUCUUGCAGCUAAGAAAGAUGUCAAGGGUCUUGAGGAGCAUUGUCAUUCAGAGGGCGAGAAAUUUAUGUCCCUCUGGAACAGUAACAAAUCAUUUAGGGAUGAUUAUGAGAAAAGAUUAUUGCCAUCUCUUGAUAGUCGGCAAUUAAGUAGGGAUGGAAGAAUGAGAAACCCUGAUGAAAAACCAUUGGUGGUGGUGGAAGAAUCUGCACCCUCUGAAGUGGAGACAAAAGCUAAUUCCAAACGAGCAAAGGAAGACGUGAAACCUCCUCAAGUAGAUGCUGCGCCCACUCAGAAGGUUCAGAAAGAGGAAAAAAAUAAACUAACGAAUUCGAAACCCGCAGUGGACCAUACUGAUGUGGUGGAGAAGGAGAUCACAGUGGUUGAAAAGCUGCCAAUUGAAACUCCUAAAAAGGAAAAGGAAGUUGAUGCUGCAAAAUUGAAGGAGAUGAAAAGAGAGGAGGAAAUUGCAAAAGCUAAGUUGGCCAUGGAACGGAAGAAAAAAUUGGCAGAGAAAAAUGCAGCCAAAGCAGCUAUAAGAGCUCAAAAGGAGGCUGAAAAGAAGAUUAAGGAACGUGAAAAGAAAUUAAAGAAGAAGGCUGCAGCCACUACGUCUGAGGGCACUUCUGAAGAAAUUGUGGAAACAGCUGCGGAAGAUGCAGAACCAGAAAAGGCAGAUGAAAAUGUUGAAGCUCCAGCUCCAGCAAAGGAGAGGGUGCAAAGGGAGACAACUGUCAGAUCGAGAGCUCGAGGGAGAGGACCGGAGUCUGUCCCGAAAGCCAUCCUGAAGAGGAAAAAAUCAACCAAUUAUUGGCUAUGGGCAGGUCCUGCUGCUGCGGUGGUAGUUAUGGUGCUUCUACUGCUUGGAUACUACUAUCUUAUGUGAAGAUGGUAUAAAUAUAAUCAAGUAGAAGAAAUGUGAGCCAUUCUUUCUGCUUGGUAAAGGUUUGCGAGACUAAGUCUGGUCAUAGUUAGUUUUCAGUUAUUACCGUUCUUUACAUCCUGCAAUAGGAUGGACUCUAAACUCAUAAUGUGGGUGGUAGCUUAGUCAGUCCAAAUAUGUUUUACCGAAGUAGAGACAACUUACCCUUUUGUUUUCGUUUAAUGCAUUUUUCAAAUUUUGACUCGGAUCACUUUUAAUGGAUUUUAUCUGCCAGCAUAAACUCUAUAUGACUUACUAUAACAGAGAAUGUAAUUUAUAUUUUUUCUUACA